UGAACAACGCGACAAAGUUUCCCUCGUAUCCAGUAGUCGAUGAACAGAGAGUGGCGCAUGAUCUGAAGAGCUUGCAGAUUUCUCCUAUCAUUACUUCCCGGGUAUGCUUUCCUUCGAUCCUUUAUUUAUUUGCUACAAGUUUGGACGAAUUUGUGCCCCAUGAUUCUGGCUUGUGAUAAGCAAAUGGAUUGGCAUCUUCCUGUGACGUGAGCGAAUUUGCGAUGCGAUCGUUCCGUUCUCCCUUUUUCAGGUCCUACGUCGAUGGAGAAGCGGCAGGGAUGCCGGAGAUUCCUCUCCGCAAUGGCCAUUUGUUUCAUAGCGUUGCCUAUUUUGGUCAUCUUGAUCCCUGGAAUCCAUCAGAAAGCGUCCACCUUUGAUGUCAUUGGGCGAUUGUACAAACCGCACCCAGUGGGAGAACGAGCUCAGAAUCUCCAUGGGUUGUCGUCUGAUCUGGGGUUUGAUGAAAAGUCGUGCUUAAGCAGAUUGCAGAGCAGGCGUUACCGCAAAUCUGCAACCCAGAGGAAACCUUCUGCUUAUUUACUCUCCAAACUUCGAAGCUACGAGGCUCUCCAUAGGCGUUGUGGCCCUUACACUGAAUCCUACAACAGAACUGUACAACUUAUCGGGUCAGGGGAUCUCAGUACCUUCAGUAGUACCAAUUGUAAAUAUCUCGUAUGGCAUCCUGUGCAUGGGAUAGGAAACAGAAUUGUAAGUCUGGCUUCCACCUUUCUGUAUUGCUUACUAACAGACAGAGUUCUUCUUACUGAUCUUGGAGAAGACAUGGCUGGCCUCUUCUGUGAGCCAUUUCGGGGCUCGUCCUGGGUGAUGCCUAGGGAGUUUCCUCUCAAGAGCCUUUUCCGUAGGAACGCGUUUAGAUUCGCUCACAGUGUUGGCAGUGCUCUGAAGAAUGGCACAUUGAAAGUGACAGAAGAUUCCCCAGAAGCACCACCAUUCCUUUUUCUGAAUCUCUACAAAGGGAUCUAUGCGGAUGCAGAUUAUUGUUUCUACUGUGAUGAAAGCCAGUCGUUUCUUAGCAGAGUGCCCUGGUUGAUUAUGCUAUCAGAUCAAUACUUCAUGCCUUCCUUCUUCCUCAUACCUUCAUUCAAACAGGAGGCUAGCAAAUUGUUCCCAGAGAAAGAGGCAGUCUUUUUUCACCUGGUUCAUUAUCUUGUGCACCCGUCAAAUAGGGUUUGGGAGCUGAUCACCAGGUUCUAUGAAGCAAACCUUGCUAGUGCGAAUGAAAGGAUUGGCCUCCAAGUAAGACUCUUCAAAGCCCAAUUCCGCACAUCUGCUGUUUUUACCGAUCAGAUUCUGGCUUGCUUGCUGAACCAAACCCUUCUUCCCGAGAUUGACAACCGGAGUCAAGAACUUUCUUCGUCCUCACCUGGAAACCAGACAACAAAAGCUGUCUUGAUAACAUCCCUGUACCCUCAAUUCUAUCAGAACCUCAGCACAAUGUACUCCAACAAACCAACUGCAAGCGGUGAAGUGAUCAGGUUUUACCAACCGAGUCACGAGGAGAAGCAGAAAUUUGGAGACAGUGAGCAUAACAUGAAGGCAUUGGUUGAGAUAUAUCUGCUGAGCUUGUGUGAUAAAUUGGUGAUCAGCUCAAAGUCGACCUUUGGCUAUGUAGCUCAGGGAUUAGGGGAUACUCGGGCCUGGAUCCUGCGAAGACCAGGACAUGGGACCAAUGAUCCAUGUGUGAGAGACCUGUCAACAGAUCCAUGUUUUCACUACCCUCCUUACAGGACCUGCAAUGCUGCUGGAAACAACAACAGCAGCUAUGUUGAUGUUGCUGAACAUGUUUCUUAUUUGAAGCAUUGCGAGGACCAGAAUAGGGGAGUCAAACUAGUUGAUGUUCAUGAAGAGCUAUAGCAAGAGGUGUCAUGGUAAUUCAGAUAUUCGAUGUUUAGUUUAGUGUGAUUGAUUAUUUCAGAGGAAUAGAGCCAAUUUUUGGUGU